AUGAGACUGCCAUCAUUGAAGCUAAUUUUCAUCCCCGUCCUGUUUGCAACAUUUUGGAAAAAGUUAAAAUCUCAGAAAAGCAGAGGCGCUGAACUCUCAAAUCAGCUGCCGAUUGACAUGUCCGAAGAGGAGAAGGAAGAAGUGUACGAAGAGUUUGCGGAAUAUGAUUUGAACAGAGAUGGCUUAAUCGACGCAGAAGAAAUUACGUCCGUUUUGAAGAAUAUGAAAAAACUAGACUUUAUAAAAUUUUUCACCAAAGUAGACUUAAACUCCUCAGGAACAAUUUCGUUCAAUGAAUAUAUGAUAUUUGUGAAUUCAAACUAG